ACACAAAACUCGUGGGCAGGGAAAGAGUACAAACAGUCAGGGAGGAAACAGAUCUAUUCACUUUACUCACUUCUCACACUCACAUGAGGAUGUUGAUGACGGAGUUGUUCCUUCUAACAAUACUCCUCACAGGAAAGAUUUCAGGGAGUCGGAAUGUCAUGGAAAAUGUGUCUGUACAACAAGGAAGGUCUAUCAUCAUUCCUUGUUUAUAUGAUGCAAGAUAUAAAAAUUAUGAAAAGUACCUGUGUUUUGGACAUCAGCCUCUUUUGUGCACAGAAGUUAAAAGUGUCAUUAAAGAGAUCUCAGAUGACCAAACUAAUCUUAUAUUUACUGUUACAAUGGAAAAUUUAACAACUAAAGAUACUGGUUAUUACUGGUGUUCGGCUAGGAAAGAUGCAAUGACAAGGAAAUAUUUUUUUGAUGCAAUGACAAGAUUUCACCUGGAAGUCACAACAGAAAAAGCUACUCCUAAGCUGUAUGUGGAUAAUCAGAUGAUCACUGCAUAUGAAGGAGGCCAUGUGGUGAUUUCCUGCUAUCAUCAACAAAAGAACUCUAAUGAAUGGUGUAAGAUUGGUGGUCCAUGUGUGAGCACUAUUGGAAACAUAAGUGAUGCAUCAGUGGAGCUCAGCGGAAUGGACUGGGGUUUUAGAGUGACCAUGAGCAAGCUGACAAUAAACAACACAGGAUGGUACAUGUGCUCAGCAGGGAAUCAGCAGAUGCCUGUUCACAUCACCGUGCAAAGAUCUACACCCAACAAGAAGAGCAGAAGCUCAUUUGCAUGGGUGGUGAUUUUGGGAUUUCUGCUUGUAUUAGCCUGUAUAGCUGUGAAAAUUUUCAGGCCACACAAAGAAAUUGCUGAAAUGUUCUCAUCGCGCAAGAGAUCUGAAAAUUCAUACGUAAGCAUGAAAAGACCGAAUCUACAAACAAAUCAAAAUGGAGAUGAAGAAGCUCAAGAAUAUGAAAUUAUGUUCCGUCCUGGACAGACCCCAGGGGUUCAAGGGACAAACUGUAAAGGCAAUUAUUCAGAUGGAGGUCACAUUACAGAAAAAGGACAUCACUGCACCUGCUGAAUGUGAUUUGCAUUACAAUCAAGCGAGGAUCAUGAAGUCAAAAGUAAAUAAGCUACAUGCAUUUCCCCAUAAACAGAAGUGAAGAAACAUGUCAAGCAGUGUGUUAUUUGAUUUGAUUUCAUGUGUAUUGUUCAAAUCCUUUCCAAAAAAUAAACACAUCGAUAGAGUCAAACAUACAUAAAUCUAGCCAUCACACAGAGUACUGCUGCUUCUUAACUCAUUUCAAAUGUUUUUAGAUUUGCUUUUAAUUAUAUGGGUUUCUGUGUUCAUGUUAUGCCUGUCUUUUCCUCAUAAACAUUCAGGAAAACAUUGCACUGAGCUUCUCUGAACCCUAUAAUAUGUUGUUCACACCAUGAAAUUGUGCAACAUUUUGGACAGUGCAGUUUGCUUAUGAUCCUCAAGGGGGCCUCAGUGAUAUUUGUUUAGCUUAAAUUGAUUAUGGUAUGUAAGUAUUGUAUGUAUACAUGACUUAAAUACACAAACCAGCAUUAAUCUAAGAUUAUUAAGACAUAUACUGAAAGUACUCCAUUAUUUAUCAUUUCAUGGUCUGGAUAAAUGCCUCUGCCAAAAGAUUAAUGAUAAUGUACAUAAAAGUAUAGAAGAAAUAUUAUAUUUUGUAAAACACCAUUGUGUGCCAUAUUGUACUAUAUUUAUGUGUGUUAUAUUGGAUGUUGUACCACAGUGCUAUUAAACAGAAUUCUUAAAUCUGACUUUAUUUUCUACAUGA